AUGAACGCUCGGGAUCCCGUGGAAUUUGCGAGCUUGUGCCGGAAAAAGAUGAUGGAGGCCAUGGAGGACAUGGCAGGGGCUGCGAAACAGAAGAUCAUGGACGAUAUCGCAAACGCGAGGCAAGUGUCUCUUGCCAAACAAGGAGAGCGCGAUCUUACGCUGGCCGAAUUACUUGCAGAGAUUCAAACCGCAGUCAAGGCGGAUUUGCGGGCGGAAAUACGCGCAGAGAUCCGCGAGGAGAUGGAGGAUGAGAAAGACGCACAAAGAACGGGCAGACAUCAUUCAACACAACAGCAACACAACAUGAGUCACAAUUUGCAAAGGAGAAAUAUUUCCUCCGGAGAUCACCGUGGGGCGGAGAGCAAGCAUCCUAAGGCAAAGGUCCAAGAGUUGCCCCGAGACAUACCAAAGUCUUCCAACCUCGAGCCACCUUCCGUUGUCAAGUCUUUUCGAAGCGUACAGACCUCGGGCCAUGAAAAUUUUGCAGGUAUCGAGGCACAUACGGGGCCAAGCCGAUCCCUAGAAGUCGGUAUCUCAAAUGAGAUGCAGACUGGAGGCAUUUCUUCGACAGACAGCGCCUAUCAUACUCCCGAUGUGUAGAAUCUCCGUCAAGUGACAGUUCAGUUUGGAGGCUAUUCUCGAUAUUUCGCAGUCCUACGACAGAUUUCCAGAAUUCAGGGGUACCUAGACAUGAUGGUCAGUCACAUAGAUCAGCCGCCAAACUAGAAUCUGUUUCAGCAAUGACAACCUAAUACAAUGGUUAACUGUCAUGACUUGUCUCGCUGAUUGGCUAAUAACCUGGCAGAGUUGACAAAAGCCAACGGGAAGAGCAGUCCUUCAGUCAUCAUAGUCCGCAAUUGUAUAAGCACAUGCCAAGCAGCUCACCACGCGGGAGGUGGAUUUCUAACCAGCUUUCCUAUCUUUUGGGGUUGGCGUGAAUGAGAUCCAGCUUACCUAUGAACACCCGAGACCAAUAAUUACUCACUCUAUCUUAUUCGGAUCUUCCUGGGACAUUUACUCUCACAGCCAGUGUG